AUGCUUGGCUGUUCCCAGGGUGGUUCCCAUCCCUCCUCUCCCCAGCCCACACACGUGCGGCCUCAGGCUCCUCCCUUAGCCCGGACGCUCAUCCCCAGCUGCCCCACACAGGGCACUGCCCUGGUCCCUGUGCCCGGAGCCCGUUUCUGGGCCCCUGCUCUCAGCCUGCCCAUGGGGCCCGGGGCCCGGUUCUGGCUGCUGCUGGCCUGCUACCUGGCCUUCGUGCUGCUGGGCUCCGCCGUGUUCAUGGCCACCGAGAGGCCUCCCGAGCGCCGGCUGCGGGAGGAGCUGCUGGGCCACCUGGCCGCCUUCCAGGUGGACCACCGGGGCUGCCUGCCCCCCGGGAGGCUGGAGGGGCUGCUGGGGGCCGUGCUCCAAGCCCAGGACUACGGGGUCUCCGCCCUGGGCAAUGUCACCGGGCCCGAGAACUGGGACUUGGCUUCCGCCCUGUUCUUCGCUGUCAGCCUCCUCACCACCACAGGUUAUGGCCACGCGGCGCUGCUCUCGGACAGCGGGAAGGCCUUCUGCGUGGGCUUCGCCGGCCUGGGGCUGCCCAUGAGCCUGGUGCUGGCCGCGGCCCUGCGCCAGCGCCUGCUGCGCCCGCUGCGCCGCCUGCUGAGCCGGAUGGCCGCCCGCUGCGGCCUGGCGCCCGCCCGUGUGCCCUGGCUCCAGGCGGCCCUGCUGGGGCUGACAGUGGCGACGGUCUUUGUGCUGAUCCCCACCCUGGUGCUCUGGGGCCAGGAGGCCGGCGCGAGCCCGAUGGACGCCUUCUACUUCUGCUUCAUGUCGCUCAGCACCAUCGGGCUGGGGGACUUUGUGCCCGGCCGUGAGCGCCACCCGGCCCUGUACUGGCUCAGCCAGCUCGCCCUCAUCGGUUACCUGCUUCUGGGGCUGCUGGCUCUGCUGUCGAUGCUGGAGACGGUCUCGGAGCUCAGGGAGGUCCGGGCCUUGGUGGGCUUCUUCAGCCCCAGCCCCCAGAGCCCGGAGGAGGACCAAAGGGCCAUCGUCCCUCAGGAUGCUCUGGCCCUUCACCACUGCCCACCUCCCGGCCCCUCCCCCACGCCCCCGGCCCCUGCCCUGGCACAGGGCACCAACGCUGCCUGAGAGCCCAGCGCGGCCCUCCCGGCGUGGGGGGUGGGGGUGAGGGCGCUGGCCUUGGGGAGCUUCAGGGGGCGCGUAUGUGUGUAAGUCUAGGGGUGUGAAUAAAAGCAAGGUCCGAUUCCUACUGCCUCAGUCUCCCCCACAAGCCCCGGGGCUGGGCCGCAGCAGCCCCCAGACUCCCCCCUGGUACGACCUCUUUCGGCCUUCCGGGAAGUCCUGGCUGGCUAGUUAAUGAAGCAGGCCGCUGGGGAUUAUUUUCUCAAGCCCUCAGUGUUUUCAUCUGUAAAAUGGGCUCAAUACCCCUUCCCCUCCUCGUUGUGGAGCGAAGUCCUUGGGACCAGAGAAGUGGGAGCUGUUCGGAGCUGGAAGAAGCCAGUCUUGGCCCCUUGGUUUUGGACAGGAGGAAGCGGGGCCCGGGAGGCUCCCUGUGCUGGGUCCCACAGGCCGGCAGCCCCCCUCCCCCCCUCCCCGGGACUCAGCAGCCCGCCCUCCUCUCCUGAGGGGGCGGGGGGCACUCGGCUCCUCCAAGGACGGCUGUACUGGGCAUCCCCCUCCCCCAGCCUGGCCGGCCCUCGGCCCUCUCCUCCCCUCUCCUAACCCACCGAUCACUGCGCCCCCGCGUGGGGGGAGGG